UAAUGUAAGGAAACGAAGACAUUAACAAAGUAUACACUUUGGAGAAAACAUUAGGAGAGUAUUGAAAUAAUAUAAGUUAAGGGGAGCCUUUGGAGUUGUUAAAAGAGCAGUUAAAAAGAGCACAGGUGAAUAAUUCGCUGUUAAAAUAAUUAACAAGUAUUUGAUCCAUAUUGAUUGAAGGGAAAACCUAUCAAAUGAUGACUUAUUAGCCUUAUAAACAGAAGUAGAAAUUCUUACUUAAGUAUAAUAAAUAAUUAUUUAGAUUGAUCAUCCUAAUGUUGUGAAAUUGUAUGAAAUUUAUGAAGAUGACACAUACUUUUAUAUGGUCUUAGAAUUAAUGACUGGUGGAGAAGUAAUCAAUAAUCAUAGUUUAAGCUAUUUGAAAGAAUAGUUGAGAAAGAUCAUUUUAGUGAAAAAGAAGCAGCUGCUACACUUAGACCAAUUAUUGAUGCACUUACUUAUUGUCAUAAGAUGGGAAUUGUACAUAGAGACCUCAAACCAGAAAAUCUACUUUACUCAUCGAUGGAACCUGGAGCCUUAUUAAAAGUUAGUGAUUUCGGACUUGCUCGUUUCGUUGGUUCAGAAGAAGUCAUGAUGACUUAAUGUGGUACUCCAGGUUAUGUAGCUCCUGAAAUCAUCAAUGGCAAAGGAUACACAGAAGCUAUAGAUUUCUGGUCUGUUGGUGUUAUUCUCUAUAUAAUGUAAAAAACAAUAUUUAUUUAAGGUUAUGUGGAUUCCCUCCUUUCUAUGAUGAAGAUAAUGACAAACUCUUUUCAAUGAUUAAAAAUGGAAACUUUAAUUUCCCUUCACCUUACUGGGAUCAAAUUAGUAAUGAAGGUUAAAUCUUAAUAUCUUAUUUCUAGCCAAGGAAUUAAUUAAAGGUUUAUUGACUAUUGAUCCAGCCAAAAGACUUACAACUGAGAAAAUCCUUAAACAUCCAUGGUUACUUAAUAAUACACAUAAAUCUAUAGUCAAUCUAUAAGCAAAAUUAAAAGAUUAUCGUGCAUCCAAAAAAAUUAAAGUAAUUCUCUUAUUAUUCAUAAUAGAGAAUCGCUAAUGUUCUUACAAUUGCUAGAGGAUGGGGUAAGAUGGCUUAAGUAAAGAAAAAUUGAUAU